AUGGCGCAAUUCGAGGCCUACACAGAGACCUUUGAGACCUUAGACUUGACGGCGCAGAGCAACAGCAACGCAGCCAACUGGGUGCAGUUCUCAUACGGCGUAGAGGAUGGCACCUAUGGCUACCUGGUGAAGGAAACUGGUGGCAUUCUGCUUCGCUUCAGUUUGGCGACCUUCUCCAAUGUUGAAGAGUUCUCAGUGAGUCUCACUGGGACGACUGCGAGGGCUUUGAUGGUGGGUGACUACAUCCAUAUCUUUUAUUCCCAGCAGGGAUUUGGUCAGUGGGCUCAAUGGUAUUUGGGAGACAACGGGACCACGGUUGUUGACUUCACAAUGGAUAGCAGUUACGAGAGCAGAGAUGCUGUCUUCACAGGUGAUGGUAUCUAUCUCCUGGUGGGCGUCGUGAUGAUGCCACAAUGGGGGAUGAAGAAGAUUUGUCAGGAACGGUUGGUGGGGUUGACCAGGUUGGUGUUUGGAACCUCGGAGUCACCCAGAAACACAGCAGCUGAGUCCUCCAGAUUUGUUUCAGCUGACAAGAGGAGCCGAACCUUCACGCUCCAGCAAUGUAGCCGGCAGGUCACCGAGUAUAUGGUGUCUCAAGAGCUGACCGGCGCCACGGGGAGCAGCUUUUCAGAUGACGUACAUCUCUAUCACCUGAGUUCAACCAGGUUGCUGUAUCGGAUCAACCUGCACCCAACGGUGACAGAGAACGUUUUGGAGUUUUCCUCCUUGACCUAUGGCAAUGGUUUGACUGAUUACACCUUUGACGGAGGCUUCCAUGACGGCAACUACGGCUACUUGGUACCUGGCAUCGGUGACAAUUUCGUCUUUCGCUUCAUUCUGGAGACCUUCAAUGGUGGGACUUUCUUAGAUUUGUCCGAGAUUGGCCAAUCGGGCAACUGCAAAGAUGGCUUUGCGAGUGGCAGUUACGGCUUCCUUCUGCCCGCUCAAGACGGCACGGCUGCCCAGCUCUCGAGUCGUAUUUGGAUCUCAGUCUACAGGACGGAUGAAGUGGAUGAAGCUGGGGAGUAG